GAUAUAAAAAGCCAGGGAAGCUCUCCAUCCAACACAAAUCCUCAGAGGCAGUAGAGCACAGGAGCUUUGAGCUUCGAGAACAAGAGAUACAGGAAACCGGAAGGAAGCAGCUCAGCAGAGUAAACAUGCCUUCCAAGCUCGCCUUGGCCGUCUUGGCAGCAGUCCUUCUCUCUGCAGCUCUGUGCGAGGGUGCAGUUGUGCCAAAGAUUGGUACAGAGCUUCGAUGCCAGUGCAUCAAGAUUCACUCCACACCUUUCCACCCCAAAUUUAUCAAAGAAUUGAGGGUAAUUGAGAGUGGACCACGCUGUGCCAAUUCAGAAAUCAUUGUGACUCUUGUUGAUGGAAGAGAGCUCUGCCUGGACCCCAAGAAAAAGUGGGUGCAGGCCGUUGUGGAAAAAUUCUUGAAGAGGGCUGAGAACCAAGAUUCUUGAAAAAAAAAUGCAUUCUCCAUGACACCUAAGAACCCCUCAGUGAAGAUGCCAGUGAAAUUCAAAAAAACCUACUUCAGUUCUUUGUGUAUUGUGUGGGUCUGCUGUGAGGUUGCCAGAUAAAACAUUGGAACCCAGCUGAACUUGAGUUUCAGAAAACAGCGAAUAGUUUUUUGCAUUGUACCAUGCAAUAUCUAGGAUAUACAUAUACCAAAAUUUAUUUAUUUGAAUCUAUGGUAAACAAUAAAUCUUUUUGUAAAUAUAAGUAUAUUUUAGAUAUUUUAUGGGACAUUGUACAAAGAACAAGAUUGAGAUCAAGCACUAGGAGAAUAACUGGCUUUCUACCUCAGGAAUUGGUUGGUAGAUGAUGAGACAGUGAUGUUUUCUGUAAAUUUAAGUUUAGCUGGAAAAGCCUGAUUAUUAUGAGUUAAAUCUGGCAUCCUAGUUCUGCUGGCCAGGACUAUGAUUCCCUGCUCACCUACUCCUUGGAGGCCCCUUUAUUCCUCCCCUGUGGAAGAAAAAUCUGCCACCAUCCUUCCUCACAGGGAUGUCAUGGGGACACAUGGAAGCACUUUAAAUUUUUUCAUGAUCACAUAAAUUAUCUUCAAGUGUAACUAUUCAUCUAUUUAUUAUUUAUGUAUUUAUUUAUGCAUUAAAUAUUAUAAUGUUUCUGUAUGAAUUUGGAAAAUGGAGACGGAAGAAGCAAGGUUGAUAGAGUAAUGUGAUGUUACAGUGAAAUAAUAUUUAUUUUAGAUAUUGAAUGAUAAUAAGUUAGAGAACUUUUGAUCAAGUUAUCCAAAUUUAGCAAAAACUAAAUAUAAAUAAAACAACAACCAGUUAAAUUUUUAUUUUUAUUUUAAAAAUAAUAUUUUGGUGUGAGUAUGUUGUUUAUCUGAAAUUUUAGCUGUGCUGACAAUCACAGUUUGGAUAUCCUUGCAUUUGUCUUUUUAACUUUAAGAUGCCUUUAUUUUAUCCCAAGGAUAUUCUCUACUGCUUUUGGUACUAUGGAAAUGAAAAUGUAACUAUAAAAUAUUAAAACUAUAAUUUAUUGGCAAAGUCAUCAGGUGUUUAUCUUUCGCUUAUAGAUUAAAUCUGUUAAGAAUC